UUUUCUAUUGUUUUCAGGUUUGACUGGCCAAGUUUGGAGUUGUGCUGCUGACCAGUUGUCAAUCUUUGCAUCAACACUGUCUCUGACAGGUGCACCAUGAUGUUUAAGAAGCCAGCAGGUGUGCUGAUGUUCCUCCUGGUCAUCCUUAAGGUGUUGGGAACAGCGGAAACCUGCAGAUGUUCAACCUCCUCCUCCCCCUUCUUCCCUCCCUCCUUCUACUGCAGCUGUGUUAGUCUCAACCUCACCAGUGUUCCACAGAACCUCUCUACAAACAUCACAAGUCUGAACCUCGAAGGGAACCACAUCACCACCUUAAGUCAGUCCGAUUUCUCUCAGUAUAGGAGCUUAGAUAAUCUAGAUCUUAGGCAGAAUCGUAUCUCCAUUAUCAAUCCUGGAGCGUUCUAUCACUUGUCGAACUUGACAAAAUUGUCGCUAAUGUUUAACGGUCUAACAAGCCUUAGAUCUGGCAUGUUCACAGGACUGGGAAAGUUGGAAACACUUUUUAUAUACAGUAAUAACAUCAGUGAUAUUCAGGAUGGAACUUUUAGUGCCACACCACAGCUAGAUGUUGUGUACCUGUCUGGCAAUAAGUUAAGAACCCUCAGAGCAGGCAUGUUCACAGGGCUGGGAAACUUAACAGGCCUUUUUCUAGGUGGUAAUGACAUCACCAGUGUUCAGACUGGGACCUUCAAUACAACGCCACAACUGAGAAGUUUGUACUUAAAUAGCAACAAGUUAAAAACCCUCACACCAGACAUGUUCACAGGGCUGGGAAACUUGGAGACACUGUAUCUAUAUGGUAGUGACAUCGGUGAUAUUCAGGCUGGAACUUUUAAUCUAAUUUCACAGCUAAAAAACUUGGACUUGGAACAUAACCACAUCCAAUCCAUUCCGUCCAACUCACUAUCAAAUCUGCUGCAGUUGACUUCCCUCAAAUUAUCUUACAACAACAUCACGGCAUUUCCCUUUGAAGAAUUGUCAAACAUUCAAACGAUUUCUACUCUACACCUUGACAAUAACCUAUUGACGACUCUUACAUCCACAGCCUAUGAUGUGCUUUCCUCACUAUCUGAUGUAAGCCUUGACAACAACCCCUGGCAGUGUGACUGUAGAAUGGUUGACUUCAAGUUGAAAUUAACAGAAUCUACACGUAGAAUGGUUCACCUUAAUAAGAUAAUAGAUUCUAGUACUCCAUUUGAAAACCAGAUCACUUGCUCCCAACCUGACCACCUCAGUGGACUAAAUCUUAAAGAUAUCAAACUCGAAAACCUCUUCUCAGGCUGUUUUGAGCCAAAAAUUGUGAGAUUCGAGCGAAGUGACAGCAUGGAAUUGGCACAGGGGGAAGAUCUCCUAGCACAGUUAGUGUGUGAGGCGUCAGGAAUCCCCACUCCAACCAUAACAAUCAUUCCCCCAUCUGGACUGAAUGCAACUGUGGAGUCAGGUGUGAUUUUUGAGGAUGGUAACGUAACAUUACGAAAUGUUACAGCAGCUGAUGCUGGUUUGUACGUCUGUAUUGCUUCGAAUCCUGUCGGCUCAACUUUUGCCAUCUUCUCGACUGAAGUUGUUAAGCCUGUGUCUUCUCCCAGGUUCACCCUACCCGUGUUUGUUGGCUCCGUGAGUGGUGCUGUAGCUGGCACAGUCGUGCUUGGUGCCAUCGUUCUUACAAUCUGGCGCAGGACCUGUGCCAAGUCCAGUUCUGUAGCCUUAGACACAGGCGUUGCUUUAACAACACAGUUAUGA